UAUUUAGCCGCGCCUCUUUGAUUUCCCGUUCCAUUGUGUUGCUUCUGUUGGCGUUCCUUCGGAGUAUACUGCUAAUCACCGAGGCUCGUCGGCGAUCAUCGGAGAUGUCUUACGACGACGUAGAGAUCGAGGACAUGGAAUGGAGCGAGGAAAUCCAGGCGUUCACGUACCCUUGUCCCUGCGGCGAUCUCUUUCAGAUCACCAAGGAGGAACUCCGCAUCGGCGAGGAAAUCGCUCGCUGCCCUAGCUGUUCUCUUUACAUCACCGUUAUCUACAAUCCCGACGACUUUAGAGAUUCCUCUGAAGAAAGGCCUCCAUCCGAGCAGCUAAAGCCUAUCGCGGUAUCCUAAGCGUUGCUGGCAUACGCCGCCAGGUUAGCUGCCUGCAUAUACUCUGCAAUAUUGUUCUCUAGCUGCUCCUGAUUCCUUGUGUACCACUGUUAUAAGAGUUUUAGGUUUUUAAAGCUGAUGUAACACUAUUUUCUUUAACAUUCAUGUCAAUUUUGUUGAACUAUGUAGUCUAAAUGAGAUGAGGCUUUUACCUAUAUAUUAUUUAUAGUUCCCGAAAACAACAUUGUUUUGAGUUUGUUUAAAAUUUAGCUAUCUAAUCUGCCGUUUUGAUGCGA